AUGAGCGCCUGGACAAACGACGCCGUCCCCAACCACAAUGGCAACGGCUUCCCGCACUUGAACGACCCAAACGCCGCCGGUGCCAUGAUGGAUCCGUCCGCCUUCAUGUCCAACUCGGCCCAGUUCAACCCUGGCCAGUUUUCGAAUCCACAGCAACAGCAGCAGAUGGCCGCCAUGCAAAAUGGCCCCAUGCGCCAUGCCUCGCCGACCGCCUACCAGAACCAGAACCAGUCCCAGAGCCAGACCCCCAACCUCGUCUACCAGACUAAUUCCGUUAUUCCAUCAAAACGUCCACGCCCGCGCGAUGAGAGCAUCACCGGCUCUCCGCGACAGAAUCCCGGCAUGCAGCCGCCGUCGCGCUCCGAAACGCCCCAACAACAAAACUACGCAGGCUUCCAGCCCGGCGGCUCCAUCCCACCACAGCAGAACCCCGGCCAAUUCCCGCACCUCCAGCCGAAUGGCUCCGCCAACGCCAGCCCGUCGCCCAUCAUGAGCAACCAGAUGCGACCGGGCAGCGUGCCCCAGCGAGUAGCCACGGCCUCGCCUCAUCCCUUUUCGCCCGGCGCCCAGCAAUUUGGCGGUGGGUCGCAGACGUCACCCGUGCCCUCGGAGCAUGGCACGCCCCAACCGAACACGUACAUGCAAAACAUGCCCCCCGGGUACGGUGCCGGGUUUGCGCCGUCGCCCUCGAACCCUCGUCCCUCGCCCAAUCCGAAUGCGAUGGCCGGCGGGCAGAUGAUGCCACAACAGAUGGGCCAGAUGCCGCCCCAUAUGUACCAACAAAUGCAGCAGAUGCAGCAGCAACAGCAACAGCAUUCUCAGCCGGGUCAACCGCAGCAGCAGGGCCAACCUCAACAGCACCAGCAACGGCCGCCCAACAUGACGGAACAGCAGAAGAUGGCCGCCUACCAGAUGAGGCUCCAGCAGCAGCUACAGGGAAACAUGCAGAUGCAGGCGCAAAUGCAAGCCCAGGGCAUGGGGCGUGGGGCGAUGCAGAAGCAGCAGAUGCCCGGCAUGCCAAACGGCCAGAUGCCUCCGGGCGGUAUGCGGCCGCAGCCACGUCCGAUGACCAACAUUAACCCGGAACAGUUUAUGAAGCACCUGACCGCGCUCAUGAAUGCCAAGGGGCUACCGCUAGAUCCUAAUCCGAUUGUCGGCGACCGGCCGGUACACCUCGUCAUGCUCUUCCAAGCCGUCCAAUCCAAGGGGGGCUACAAGGCGGUCACGGCAGCAAACGGAUGGGUUCACAUAGCCCAGGCCUUGGGUCUUCCCGCGCAGGCUCCGACAGUCCCACCGACGUUGAAACAAGUAUACGAGCGAAACCUGUCAAAGUUUGAGGAGGUCUGGAUGGCGCAGCAGAAGCAAAGGAUGAUGCAGCAAAAUGCAAGCAUGGCAGGCCAAGGCACGCCGCAGAAGCAGCUGCAACCGGGACAGCAGAUGAAUCAGGGACAGAUGCAACCCGGGCAGCCCCCCCAAGCGCAACAGCACACGCCCGCGAAACCCGACCAGCCUCCUAUCAAUGGAUUCUCUGUGCCUCAUCCCCAGCAACCGCAGCAGUCUGGCGCCGCUCCCGCUCAUACCAGGAACAGCCUGUCUCGCGGGAUGGAUCCCUCUGCGGUCGGCGAGUUCUCGGUACAGUCCCCAGCGCAUCACCGGUCUACGAGCUUGUCCAUGACCCAGGGCGACGACCGGCAAUCCGCCCCUCCCUCCGCCACCGGCCUCGAACAAGCGAUGACACGAAUGCCGCAAAAGUCCGAUGAAUAUAAUCCCUGCGCGCGCGAGCUUUCGACCUACGGCGGCAUCGACCUUCACGCCGCAAAUUUGUUGGGGGCCGAACUGGACAAGUGGAACCCAUCCGCCCCGACAGUGCACGAUCUCGGCAACAUUGACAUCCAUGCCCUGACGCGAAGCCUUCAGAGCGGCAUCCACGGAGAAGUUCGCCUUGCCCUGGACACCUUGGCCAUGGUGGCGGCAUCGCCAAGCCCGAUGCAUUUCAUGCAGCUGCGGUAUUGCGACGACUUGAUCGACGCUCUCGUCGACUGCGCCGAGGAACAGGUCGACAUGCUGGCCGAGCAUACGGUCGAGGUGUCCGACGAGAUUCUCCUCAAUCCCUACGAAGACGUCGUACGAGCUUGUCGACUGGAGAGGUGGGCGAUCAAGGACAUGCCCGUCUUUGGCACCACCGAAUACGACUUGGAUCGUGCCGUGGACAGGCUGAUAUGCAUCACGACCAUUCUGCGAAACUUCUCCUUCCCGGGCGAGCAGAACGACAACCACAAUUUCCUCUCGGACGAGUCCGUCAUCAAAAUGAUCUCUGUCGUCAUUCGGUACCUUGGGACGCGUACCAUGCUGCUCCGCACGCAUAAUAACACGCUGGAUUUCAUGAAGGACAUUGUGAUUCUCUUGUCCAACAUCGCGGGCUCUGUGGAGCUGCCCGGGCGAGAACAGGCGCUGUGCUUGCUGCAGUUUUUGCUGGCCUUUGCCCCGACGCCUGGCCCCACCGUGUGCGACGAUACCCUCUUCUUUCCACCUUACGAACCGACCCUUCACCCAUAUACCCCUCACGCGGUCGAUGCGCUCGCCAAGCUCCUCGCCCGAGACGAACCGAACCGGGGCUUCUACAAGUCGCUAUUCGCCGCCGACGUCAACGGCUCGGCGGGCUACGACUUGCUGACUCGCACCUUUGCUUUGGUCGUCUCGCCCGUGCCGGAAAAGACCAAGGAGCAGAGCCGACCGGCGGCUCUGCCCUCACUCACCGAAUCUCGAAAACCAUUCCUGAUGCAGGGACUCUUGGCCGCCGAGAUCCUCGCAUCCUUGGCACCAGGUUCCGAGUCUGGGUUGGCAAGGUCCUGGCUCGCAUCUGGCCACAGCCUUGCCCAGAACUUGUACCGGCUUGUCCAGGAGUUGAGUGUCUUGUACGAGAAGCCGCAGCUGGCCCACCGGGCACCAAGCCGGAUCGCUCCCAGGAGAGACCCCGAGCUUCUCUACAUCGUCGUGGUCUCGGUCGCGCUGCUCAAGCGACUGAUUGAGAAGGCAGGGGACCCGAACAGCCCAGUGUGCGCAGUUCCUGCGGAUCUGCUGCCGCAGACACAACUGCUCAUGCAAGCGUUGACGAUGCAGUCUCCCGAAUGGACAAAAGAAGGGAUGCUCCUGCAGCUGACGUCCAUCUUCAACAACUGCUAG